GCUCCUCGCGGCACAACCGUCGUCGUCGUCGGGACCACGUCGUAAACGAACAAAUAUAUUCGUCAACCACUAUUGGCAGCUUCUCGCAGUCAAAGGUGAAGAGAUUCAUAUGUUCUAUUGAGUUGUUCAUUAUAUCAAAUCUUGACAAAAUGAAGUUGAUUUCUUCUAUAACACUACUUCCACAGACUUCUGGAUCAAAAAUUAAGGACUUUAUAACAUGUACUAUAUUUCUUCUCUUUUUAAUUGGUGAUGUCAAAACUAUGACUCACAUCUUGAGGCAUCAUCAGCAAAGAGACAAUACCGGGCUGAGUACUUUAAGCCCUAUAGAGCAAUUAACUUGGCCUCAUUCAGAUGUGAAGUUACCAUGCGGAAUUUUACCCGCUUUAAAUGUUACGUCCAAUUGGUUACAAAUGAAACUAAAAUGGCUGCACAAUGGGAAGAACGUUGAUCUUGGACAUCGUUAUAACCUAAACCAUAACACAGGAGUUUUAGUUAUUAAUAAUAUAAGGCUAGAUGAUAAUGGGAUAUGGCAAUGCGUAAACGAAAAACAAUUAGCUAGAGCAAUAAAUUUAGUAGUUUUAGAAAUUCCAAAAGAACCUUAUUUAUUAAUCGACGGGCACCGUUUAGACCCUGGAAAUUUAUUUGUACCAGUAAAAGAAAAUAUGGAUUUAAGUAUAGAGUGUGUGGUUGAAGGUGGUAAUCCAAUGCCAUCCUUACAUUGGUUACUAUUUCCAAGUAAUUCAAAUUUAGAAAAUGAAGCAAUGUCUUCGGGAUUACUGCAGUCUAACGAAUCGUAUCAAGAGAAAGACAUUAGUCGUAGUUCAGCUAAAAUUCAAAGAGUUCUUAGAGCUCAUCACAAUGCUACUGUGGCGUGUAUAGUGACACAUGUUACUCUUGCAAACCCCUUGAACACUUCUAUUCUUCUUGAUGUUCAAUAUACUCCCUCUUUUGGAAUUAGUAGAAUUCCUGGAUUUGGAAUACCUAUUAAAGAAAGUAUUUCAGUAUCUCUUAAAUGCGAUGUUGAUUCUAACCCACCGUCAUCUCCCGUCUGGCAAAAAGAUGAUAGUGCACCACCUGUUCUCCAAACUGAUGAUGGUUUUUUAAACUUUACGUCAAUACGAAGAAAUCAUAGUGGCUGGUAUAAAUGUACCAGCAGACAUUUGUUAUCUGAAUAUUCUUCAAUUGGUUAUUUUUUAAAUGUUAGAUACAAUUUAAAUGAUCUUGAUACAGUGCGCAAAGAGUUAAUCGAAGAAGAUAAUUCUGGUUCCUCUGAAUCUGUUGAGGUCACUGUUGGUGGCGAAGUUCAAUUAGAAUGUCCAUCAGGACCUAGUGCGGCAAUUCCAUGUUGGGCUAAAACUGGCAAUGAUAAUGACCUACAACCAAUAGGGCCAAGUAGUAAUCUUCAUAUAGAUCAAGUUUUAUAUCAAGAGGCCGGUGAAUAUAAAUGUAUUGUGGGCAGUAAAAAUGAAAAUCUAGAAAAACUCAGGGUGUAUACAGUUCAUUUGAAUGUUGUCGGCGGUCCAGUGAUAUAUACUGAAAACAGAACUAUUGUUGCGCACGAAGGAAACGACACCCGAUUAUCAGCUGAGUUUUGUUCUAAUCCAAUGGUAAACAAAGUUUUUUGGAUAGCGAGUGAUAGAGUUAUUCGACCAGGAACCGCCAUAGGACAGAUUACAGCUCAUAACAUAACUUCAUCAACAUCUUCUUACUGCCAAGUAGCUACUCUCACGAUACAAUCGGUAACGCCAGUGCACAGUGGAGAGUAUAAUUUGAUCGUCGGUUCCGGUAAAACAUUAGUAGAAGCUACAGUCAUAUUGAGUGUGACAAAGAGUACACGAAACAGAGAGCCCGUCCAAACAUCUAGUUCACAUUCAGUUUGCUCAAAAAUGUUUGAUAAUUACUUAAUUAUGUGUUUAGUUACGUCAAUUUUUACGCAUUUAAAAAAUUAAUAAUAAAUUAUUAUUUACCUAUAUGUUAUACAUUAUAUUAUGAAAAAAAAGAAAAAAGAACAAAUUGUAUAGGAGUUCUUAUUGUUGUAUAAUUGUUGAUUAAUAAUGCAUGUCACACGGAUAUGCGAUUUAGGAAAAAUAUUUAUAUAAAUAUGUACUAUUUAAUAAAAAUAUUUUGAAAACAAAAAAAUGUUUGACACCAAGAUAAAUAAAGAUCCGUCUAAUAUAGAAAACUGUAGAAACACAAAUUAAAUAAUAAAUUAUUUUAUAUUCCUAAAAUAAAAGUGAUUAGAAAAAUGUUUGAGAUCUAUAUUAUACAUUGUCAGCAUUUGCCACAUACCUUUAUAUAAACGUGUUUUGUGAUAGUAUAAAUGUAUAAUAUACAAA